GAGAUUCCAUCUUUCAAAUCCCAGGGCAUCAGGCCAAGCUAGGCUAGUAUUGCAUUUUCACUUAUCUUCUGAGCAAACGCUUGGCAUAUGCAGAAGGCAACCAGCGCACAAUUAGCUUAUUGUUGCCUUCGGCUUCAUGCUGAGAGGAUUUUUUUUGAAGGACCAAAGGAGGAAUAGUCCUGGUUCCAGCCAGAGACUUUGCUGUGGAAUAAGGGGAGUUUCUCAAUCCAGGGCAGCUUUGCUUGCUAACUCAGGAAUUACAGCUGUUAUUAAGGAUCGCCUGGUGUGGCUUCCGGGAGCGGGCAGGGGAUAAUCAAAGAAACAACGUCCGCUCAUUCCCUAUCUCCUUUUCCAGCCGUACUGGGAGUCUGUUCUCUUCAGAUUUCUGCCAUGGAGCCAAACAGCCCUAAAAAGAUACAAUUUGCUGUGCCAUUAUUUCAAAGUCAAAUAGAUCCUGAAGCCGCCGAACAGAUCAGGAAAAGGCGGCCGACCCCAGCAUCACUAGUCAUUAUGACUGAUUCGCCUCCAGAAAUAGAUGACAAGAGAACGAACAACAACUCUCAAGAAGAAAGGGAGCUGAAAGACAUCAGAGAACUGCUACAAUGUCACAAAAAAUUACAGAAUGCCUCCCCCAAACAAAGGAAGCAGAGUGUCUAUACCCCUCCAGCCAUGAAAGGUACUGUCCAGGGGUUAAGCACCUGAAAAACCAGACUGACUCUGCAUUCCCAGAAGAAGAUGAAGGGGUAAACGAAAGAGAUGAAGAAUGGAGCCCCUAACUGGUGUUGAAAGUCUAUGGGAGGACCUCUCUCAUUAAUAACUGAACUGCUAACCUCUCAAUACUUACCAUGGAACUCUGAUGCUUCAUGUUCCUGACCCAAAACAGUCUUCACCUCAGUACCCAACAGCAGGAAAUAUUACAUGGUGGAAUAAACAGCAUUUUGCUGUACUGGCCUGUGAUACCUUAUAACUGGGGGGAGGGGAAUAAUCUUUUCUUUCACAGCUGUUUUCCUUCUUGUUUUUAAUGACUUCUGAAGUGUAGUUUGCAAACGUGUUAGGUCUUCUCUCUUUAGUGCUGCCAUGUCUGAAACUCUGAACGCAGUCUAAGAUCAAUUGUAAAUAGUACAGAUUUGAACGCUGCAAAAUAAAGACAAGCUACAUUUAGACAA